CGCGUCAUGGCGGUCGUCGCCGCCGGCGGCGCGCCGCGCGACGACACCGCGCUCUUGGCGCGAAGCGACGACGCGCGCGAUGACGACGCGCGCGCGACGCGCGCGCGCGCGACGAGCGCGACGUUUCGCUCGGUCGGUGGUUUGGUGCUCCUAACGCUUGGGUGUUACGCGAUGGUUCUCGACGGUGCGCGCGAACGCGGCGACGGCGCGCCGGCGCGAUCGGCGCGGACGUCGAGCGCGCGUUCGCCGCUCACGUCGCUCGGCGUCGGCGCGAGCGAGGCGAGAGGGACGAUGGAGCUGGUUGAUAGUUUUCGCGCUCGGGCGAUCGGCAACGCGAUUAGAAGCGAGCUCGAGGGACGGCCGCAGCGCGUUUACGAUAUCGGCGGCGAGAACGGCACGGAGUUCUUGGAAGAUGUCAUGGAGUACGUCAAAGAUGAUGAAGCGGGCGUGAUGCGAGUGGCGCAUUUGGGUGGGGGUCGCGACGACGACGGCGACGUCGGCGGGACGGAAAAGUUGUUGCGGUCCUUGCGCCGAGCGCGCGCAGCUUUGAAGGAGAGACAAGAGGCGGACACGGCCGCGGUGGGACAUAGAAAAAUGAUGAUGCGCGGAAAGUCGAAGGCGGAUCGACCGGUGAAGGAGCGUUCUUCCACGACGCAGGCGACUCGUCACGUCAAGGAGAAAGGCCCAACACCUGGGGGCACGCCGAAGAAGAGUCGUCACGAGCAUUUGCAGCGCGUCGAGGCAAUGUGGAGGGAUGACUUGAUUAGCAACGCCGAUUUUAUCGCGGAUUACGGCGAUCAUGUUUUCCAAAACGGUCAAGGCGACUCACGGGCGACUCGUGAGAUCGGCGUUGCGUCGUCGCUUUCAAGUAAGGCGUCACUCGAGGGGCUGAAUAUUUUGCGUCGGCGUUACUACAGCAAUAGCAGUGAAGACGCCGCUACACCACUGCUGGGUGGCCAAAGAUCGUGCAAGAUUCUGUACUUUUACCACAUUCCUCGCACGGGCGGCGGAACGUUGCUUACCUUCUUUUCGCGUCUCGGCGUAGACGUUCAACGAUUCGAGCGCUCAAAGUACGCGAAGGAGGGAUCGGAUCUCGCACAAUUACAAGCGCUCGACGAAGAUGAGCACUGGAAACGCGUGACAGAUCGCGUUCUCAACCCCGGAAAUCACGUCAUCGCUCAUCACGUCGGUCGAUCGGGGUUGUUAGGUAUGGAGGAAAGGCUGGCGUCGCUGCGCAAACGCGCCAAGCUUCGUCGAUGCGAGCUGAAGUCGUUCACGGUGAUGCGAGAACCUCUUCUUCGCGAUAUGAGCGACGUCGUCGCGAGAAAUGCAUCCGAGCCUCUCGCAUCGAACGCACAGGCCCGUUUUCUGCUCGCAAACGCGGGUACGAAGGACGCGACGUCCAUUCUACCCGCGCGUUUAACGAGCGAAACCGCGUCUUUGCCGGAUGUUUUCUCGACCACCGCCGACCUCCUCCUGCGCAACUUCGACUGGUUCUUCACCUUGGAGCACCCCAAAGCGGUGGUUCACGCCGUCACGGCGUUUUUCAGCGUCCCGAGCGAAGCCACCACCGCAUCGCUCGAGGCGUCCAUGCGUCACGUGAGCGAUUACUCCCGCGCCGAAGCCGCCGCCGUCGACGCCGUCGUUCGCGCCCACGCCGACGCCCAGGAGGCCGAUUGGCUCGAUCGCAAGCUCUACGCCUGGGCUCGCGCGCGCGAGACCACGGACAUUUCCCUCGAUUCCGACGACUCCACGACGCGCGAGCGCUCGAUUCCAGACGUUCGCGGUUUUCUUCAAUCCUUUUUCCUCUGACGAGCGCGACGGCGCGACUGCGCAACUGUAACGACGUCGUCGAUUUGAUUUGAUUUGA